UUCCAUUUCUCUUGUUGCAGUCUGUCUAAUUUCGACCGGUAAAUAAAUCCUAACUAGGAGCUGAUAAUCUUUUUCAAUUUUGCGAAGAAAUGGAGAGCCAGGGAUGUUGAGAAGCAGGUGUUCGACGAAAUUCCCCAUAAAAUGGACAAGUAAUGAGGGGCCAAAAAAUGGGAGUUUGUGUCUCACGCCACAAUAUUAUUAAGGGAAGAAGCCACCGGAAAAAUAUAAACCAAGGCAGCUUGUAACACCAAGUUCAAAUUGAGGUUUGAACACUUGAAAAACCUAGCACUGUGAGCCCCCACCAAUAACCCUCUCUAGCUGCCUUCUAUGGACACCAUUAUGCCGCCUUUGGAGAGGCCACCGGAGUACCACCUGCCCCUCUGUAUCCGUCCCUGACUCCAGAUGUUUUAUCUAGAGUCUGCUGGGUCCAUGAUGAUUAUAUGCUAAUAAUGUUACCAUUGCACUCUUUCUCUAACUGACAAGUAAAUCAUGAUUAGGAUUAAAACAGUUAUUUAUGGUGACCAGAAUUUUUUUUUCUUCUGGGACAUAAAGUUGAUUAUCUUUGAAAUGUUGUAUUAUAUGCUGUGUCACUUAUAUUGGGCAUGUUUUGAUACCGGACUGAUACACUUUAUGUGAAAUAGCUUGAGCUGUAUAUAAACCCAGUUUAAUUUUGUGUCGAUCAAUAUCCAUACUGAUAACCUAUGGUUUUGUUGUUGCUGUGUUCUGAAGAUUGUGGGGAGCUAUGGACAAAAAGAAACUUCAGAUGUGAUUGUGGGAAUUCAAAAUUUGGUGAAUUCUACUGCAAGAUUUUCCCAAAAAUAAAGAUGUAGAGAAUGUUGAGAAUUCAUACAAUCUCAACUUUAAUGGUUCCUAUUGUACAUGUGGUCGCCCUUAUCCAGAUCUAGAUGCUUAAGAACAAGUAGAGAUGAUACUGUGCUGUCAAUGUGAGGACUGGUUUCACGAGGAGCAUCUCGGUCUUGAGUCUUCUGCUGAGAGGGUUUAUUUCAUGGAUGAUGGUCCUUGGGAACUAAAGGUCAUCCCUGAUCACUUUUGGAUUCCAACAUCUGUUUUAGAAUCUCUUGAGAACGGAACGCCUUCCAUUACAAAACCUGGAACUGCUAAAUCCUUGAGGUCUCAAUACCAUCUGUGGACUCAAAGAACAUUAAGGGCAGUUUCGAUGUUGAAGUUGUUUACUUUUCGGGGGCUGCCAUGGUUCCCCAGCACUGGUGGUCAGGAAAAGGUUGAGCUAACAGCUGCUGAAGUAGAGUCACUACGAUCAGAACUUGCUGAUAUAGAAGAAAGGGCAGCUCAAUUGAGAGCUCAGUUGGAAAAUGUUGAUGAAAUUUUGCGGUCAGCUUGUCUAUCUGGUUAUUUGUACAUUCGAACAAGAUGGACAGCACUUCCAGGAGAACCUCCACCUAUAGAUGAUUCUGAUGUAGAUGAUUGGCUUCCUCGCUUUGUUGUUCUUCAUGGUGAAUGCCUAUACUUUUAUUUGUUAUGUACAGAUCUAAGUCCUCAGGAUUCAACUCUCCUAUCUGAUAUUGUUGAAGUAGAGCAACUACCAAGUUUUAAGCGUGAAGAUGAUGAGAUGCGAUACGCCUUUUAUAUUUUAACUCGUCAUGGUUUACGAUAUGAAUGCUCAAGCAGUUCUAAGAUACAGGUUGACUCGUGGUUAUCAGCUUUACAUUCUGACUGUAAAUUGGAAUCUGAUAAAUCAACUCCCAAUGGUUCAAUAGAGUUGUAACACCUUGUUUGGUUCAAUAGAGAUGGCUUAAAAGCUAAGAUUGUGUAAAUAUGACACUAAUGCCAUUUUCUUUGUUGUACAUACCACAUAAGCAGUAAUUGAAUAGACACUGAUGAUUAUUUUGUCACUUACAACUCAUUCCAUUCGGUUUUAAACUUUGCAAUUUUGAUGAUGGAUCAUUUAAAUUGAUGAA